GAACUUAGUGUCUGCGUGUCACCAAGAACCUCUAUCUCCACCUCCUCACGUGGGUCUGCAGCUCCCUUCCCCCGAGAGUCCAGCACCACCCCCCAGUACCCUAGUCCCUUGCCCUCCCUUGCCCAGUAUACAGCAUCCCUUGGACAGACUCCGUUGCGGUAGCUGUUGGUGUAGCCAGCCCCUGCAGCCGUCCUGUACACAGCAGCCACCUCCUCAGGGCCAGCGAGAUGCAGUUUGAGAUGCACGACAACGUGAAAGGCAAAGCCAUGUCUUACCCAGUGACCAGUCAGCCUCAGUGUGCCAGUACCUGCUACCAGACGCAGCUCAGCGAUUGGCACACAGGCCUCACCGACUGCUGUAACGACAUGCCCGUCUGUCUGUGCGGCACUUUUGCUCCACUGUGCCUCGCCUGCCGCAUCUCUGACGACUUCGGGGAGUGCUGCUGUGCGCCCUACCUGCCCGGAGGCCUGCACUCGCUGCGCACAGGCAUGCGGGAGCGCUACCACAUCCAGGGCUCCGUCGGGCACGACUGGGCUACCCUCACCUUUUGCCUGCCCUGCGCCCUCUGUCAGAUGGCACGGGAACUGAAGAUCCGCGAGUAAGGUCGUGUAGUCCUCUCCUGAGUCCUUGGUCACGCCUGGCCUCCUGGGGGAAGCCUGUCCCACUGCCCCUGUGCCACCUCCAAAAAAAUACACCCACAAUAAAAACCGGAAAACCAACCCC